AUGGCGAGCACAACAUCACCAUCACCACUCGUCAUUGUUGUAUCCGGUGGUGGACCGGUUGGACUCACCUUUGCACUUAAUAUUGCCGCCAUGAUGGGUAAACAUGUCAAAAUUAUUAUUUAUGAAGGUCGAUGGUUUGUUGAUGAACAUGGUGCUACUCGUUGGCAAGCCAAAACUCGUCGUGAUCAAGUUGUUACUUUACAAGACCAUGUUAUAGAACAAAUGCCUUUGUUUAUUCAAAAAGGCCUAUUCAAAAAUAUCAACGAACGUGUAUGGCCAACAUCAAGAAAUAUUCCAAUAAGAGAAGUUGAAGAUCGACUUCUUGAUCUCAUUCAACCAUUUGUUCAAAAUGGUCAAGUAGAAUUAAUUCCUGAGCAGUUAAAUGAACAAUCUAAACAUUUGAUUGAAGGUGAUUUUGAUGUAUUAGUGGGUGCUGAUGGAUCGAAUUCGUUUGUUCGUCGUUACUGUAAUAUUCAAAUGAUCAGUGAAGGCAUCGAAUAUGCAUGUGGUGUAGCAUAUAAUAUACCUGAAGGUGUGCCACAAGCAGAUGAACCUCUCCAUCAAGCACUUAAUUGUAUAUUAACAAUCUCACAAACACGUUAUUUAGUAAAUUCGUCAACGAGUCGUCGAGGUUAUCUCAACAUUCGUUUAAUUAAAAAUGAGUAUGAAGAAUUAAUUAAAUGUUUACAAAAAUUUCAAGAUGGUAAUGAUUCAUUAAAUUUAUUAGAUUAUGAUAAAUGUCCACAUUCACCUGUAUGGUCAAUUGUUCGACAAGGACUAGAAUUUUUUAAAAUAUCUGCAAAAUAUGUUAUUCGUGGUGUACCAAUUGAGAUUAAUGUUCGACAUGCAUCCAUUGUUGUUCGAGAACUUCGUUUAGAAAUUACCAAAACACAUCCAACGACAUCAAUAACAGCGAAUGCAGGUGGCAGUAAGAAAAAACAAUUUAAGACAAUGUUAGCAUGUCUUGCUGGUGAUGCGGCAAUGAAUGUACAUUUCUGGCCCGGUCGAGGAAUGAAUAGUGGAAUGAAAGCAGCUAUGGCACUUGCACGAAAUAUCCUUCGUACAUGUACAUCUAAAACAUCACCUUAUUCAAUCGAAGUUCAUACUCCACUUCAAUUUCUCGAUUUUCUCGACUAUGAAGGUUUUAUGGCUCGUCUUAGAGCACGUGAACAACAAGGCCGUUCGUUACGUAUUCUUAUGGAUUCGAUCGAUGCAAGUGUUGAAGAAGCUUAUACCUAUGCUCAUUUGAAUCAUUUAACUGAUGAAGAAUUACAAUCUGCAUGUAAUCGUAUUUCUCAUAAUGUUGUCGCUCAACUUUCAUUAGCUAAUCCAUGGCCAAUACGAGAGAUGAGUGGUACUGAAGUUUCUGUCGAAGAUAUCUUUCCAUUCAAUCAGCAACAAUUUUUACCUGUACCAACAUUAGGAAAAAUCACUUCAGAUCGUCCACCAAGCAAAAGAAUCAUUCAACAUCACUUUCUUAUUUUAUGCAUCACUGGUGACAAUAUGAGUGAAAAUACACAGAAAAUUAUUGAUUCAAUUCAAACUUCUCCUAAAUUCACCAAUCCAUCAACAACAGCUCAUGAACUACAUGUUGUUCGUACUAUCGAAGAAGCUCAAGAGUGGAUAGCGAACAAUAAUGAACGUUUAGGAAAGCAAGACAUUCUGUUCAAGGUGAUUACUACAUGGUCACUUAACAAACAAAAAACGGCAGUAGAUGUAAUUCGAGCAGUUCGUGCUGUUGCAUCACGUGCUCCUGUAUUAAUUUUUACGAGUAAAUCUGAAGACACACAACCAGCACUUCAAUUUCCAAAUAUUAUUGCUACUUAUGAAGUAUAUGAAUUGUAUGAAUUUGUUGGUAUUAAUCAAGAAACACAGUGGAAUCCUGGCUGUCCUGUAUUAUUAGACGAAAUUCAAGCAGAAAAGAAUAAAUUUCAAAAGUUUGCAAUUACUGUUGCUGGAGGAAAUGGACAAGGACAGGAAUUAAAUCAAUUCUCUUAUCCUCAAGGUAUCUUUAUUGACAAUGAUAAAUCAAUUCAUAUUGCUGAUUCUGAGAAUCAUCGUAUUGUUAAAUGGAAAUUGAACUUAAAAACUGGUGAAAUCAUUGCAGGUGGAAAUGGAAAAGGAAAUCAAAAUAAUCAGUUGAAUGAUCCAAGGGAUAUAAUUUUUGAUACAAAAACUAAUUCUUUUAUUAUUUCUGAUCAUGGAAACAAACAAGUAAUUCGUUAUUUUAUUCAAAAUCAAACAAAUCGAGAAAUUAUUAUUUCAAAUAUUAACUGUUGGGGUCUAACAAUCGAUAAAAAUGGAUUUAUCUAUGUUUCUGAUUGUAAAAAUCAUGAAGUGAGACGAUUCAAACAAGGUGAUACAGAAGGUGAAUUAGUUGCAGGUGGAAAUGGUCAAGGAAAUCAUCUUAAUCAACUGCAUUAUCCUACUUUUAUUUUUAUUGACCAAGAUUAUUCUCUUUAUAUAUCAGAUACAGACAAUCAUCGUGUGAUGAAAUGGAAAAAAGAUGCGAAAGAAGGUGAAGUUGUUGCUGGUGGAAAUGGCGAAGGAAAUAGUCUCAAACAAUUGUCUUAUCCUCGAGGAGUGUUUAUUAAUAAAUGGGGUCAAAUUUAUGUGGCAGAUUGUGGAAAUCAUCGAAUAAUACGUUGGUGUGAAAGAGAUGCAGAAGGUGAAAUUGUAGUUGGUGGAAAUGGUGAAGGAAGUGAACCAAAUCAAUUGCAUUUUCCCAAAGGUUUAUCAUUCGACAAUGAAGAAAAUCUUUAUGUUAUUGAUGAAUACAAUCAUCGAAUCCGAAAAUUUGAUAAACUUUCAGAUUAA